UUCAAACAGGCCAUAACCUUUAAUAUUUCGUUUUAAGUUUCUGUUUCUUGUUUAUUAAUUAAAAUUAAAUUUUAAAAACAAUAUUAGCUCUGAUAUUAGUUAAAAAUGGCAAAAAUGCACUGUUUUAAUUGUAGACGUACUACUGAACACUCCUUUAGUGUUUUCAAUGAGUGGGGUGAGACGCAUACAAGAAUUAGAGAUUAUAUUGAGGAGACUGUGGGAAAAGAGAAGUUAGACUUACUCUUUCAACAACAACCAGAAAGUCAAAUAUGCAAUAUGUGCCUGAGAUUAAUAGAAGGUUGUACAAAAGUGAAACGUCAACUUGCUGAAGCUAUUUCAUCUGGAAGGGAGCAGCAACCUCCUGGAGAUUAUGCUUCUAGCAUGUGUAAUGUCGAUGAAGAAAUUGUGAGUUUCUUGAGGGAGGGGAAGAAAGGAAAGAGGAAAGGGAGAGCCCAGUCAGCUCGUGGAGAACAGGAGUCAAGGGCGGCAUUAAGGAGCGUACUUAGUGAAAACGAUAAACAUAGUAGGACCCCAAAAAGGAGAAAAAAAAUGCCUACAUUUAAGUGCGAUGAAUAUGGUAACUUCGAAUCCGUGACUACUAGAAGCUGUUCUAGAAUGCCUGAGGAGUUCUAUUGUUAUGCUUGUGAGAGAUAUGAAUACGAUUUAACAUCCUACACUAGUCACAUGAUUGUUUCCCAUGGAUAUUUAGCUCUAUACAGUUGUCGACUUUGUAAUACAUAUUACGUAAAACAGUCCCAUUUAAAAAUGCACGAACAAAUACACGACAAUGAAUUCCCGCUGUGUCCUAUUUGUGGUACUAGGCAGGAAAAUUUAAAGGAGUUUCAUAAACAUAUUGACGAGCAUAUGUUGUAUUCAGUACCAUGUCCGCAUUGUGAUCUGUCAUUCCAAACAAAAAGAGAAUGGAAGAACCACAAGUCCAUGAAACAUCAAGACACAAGAACAAGAAUUAAAGAUCGUAAAAUCUAUAGGGUGCAAGAGCAGUAUGUUUAUUCAAUUGAUAUAAGUGAUGAGAGUCCUGAAAAAAAUAUUUAUUCAAUUGAUAUAAGUGAUGAGAGUCCUGAAAAAAAAUACUGUGCAAAGGUCUAUGAUGCCUCUGUUUAUCAACAGAAAUCGCGGUUUCAUACGAAAACAAAACUCGAUAUCAGUAUUAGUGGUGGAGGUACGCAAGUAAAAUUAGCAGGUAAACCGACUGGCUUAGGAGAUGAUAUGAUUAAUAACAUUGAAGAGAUUGAGGAACAAUCAAUGGUAUAUGGUGCUACUGUAUAUCGAAAAAAAUCGCCGUUUCGUACGAAGAAACUAGAUAUUAGUAUAAAAGGUGUACAUAUGGAAGUGGAUUUCCCCGUAGGCAAGCCGACUGGUUUAGGAGACGAUAUGAAUAGCGAUAGUGAAGAGACGGAGAGCAAUUCAAGAAUACCAACAGACAAUAAUACUUUAGAUAGUUCUAGUUCCGAUUCAGAAAUAGAAUCCAAUUAUCGACGACCUUUACGCAGCAAAAAGUUGAAGAAGAGAAGUAGUUCUUUAAGUUCACAAGAAAGUGGAAAUAUUGAUGAUUUUCAUACCAAAGAAAGAAAUUUAGCUUCUAGUUUAAAUGGUAUAUUGGAGGAAAAUGGUUACAGAGUAUCAGAAUCGUCAAGUCGACCACCUUCGUCAAUUUACGAAGAAAGUAAACAUGAAAAGUCACAUGCCGAAAAUUUAGAUACCUCCCGGGUAUCAGAAUCAUCUUUACAAACUUCCUCACCUAAAUCUCAAGAACAUGAACAUGAAAAUUCGGAUACAGAAAAUUUAGACAACUCUCAGGUACCAGAAUCAUCUCUACGAACUUCCUCACCUAAAUCUCAAAAAUAUGAACAUGAAAACACGGAUUCAGAAUAUUUAGACAACUCUCGGGUAUCAGAAUCAUCUUUACGAACUUACUCACCUAAAUUUCAAAAAUAUGAACAUGAAAACACGGAUUCAGAAUAUUUAGACAACUCUCGGGUACCAGAAUCAUCUUUACGAACAUACUCACCUAAAUCCCAAGAACAUGAACAUGAAAACUCGGAUACAGAAAACUUAGAUAACUCUCAGAUGUCACAAUCAUCAUUUCAAACUUCAUCGUCAAUAUCUCAAGAAAAGGCACCUGAAAACUGGGAAAAUUUUAAUAGUUCAAUAGAACUACAAUCACCACUUCGGACUGACUCACCCACAUUUUAAAGAAACGAAAUUGUUGAUUAAACAAAAUGAAGAAAAUGUGAAUAAUUAACUGUAAGCGUUAAAAUGUUGAUUUUUUAAAUAUACAUGAUGACAAAA